AAGGUCAUUGCUUCUGGAGAUCUCCAUUGCCUCCUCUUCUCCCAUCUUCAGAUCGUCUUUCAUCUUCGGAUCUGCAAAUUCAACAGCUUGCAAAUCCGAUACUUUUCUUGUUUUGUCGUUCCUAAUGUAUGCAGCACCCGAGCUAGAGGAUAUUUUGGUCCAUAUUGUUGGUAGAUCGCUUGAUUUGAAGUCUAUCAUGGCAAUCAAGCACCAAGAUGGACGGCAUAGUCGGGUGGUGUACAGAUAAGAAAGGACAAAGUAGGAAAAGUAUUGGAUCUGUAUUCAUAUGCUGCUUGAUUUGCAGAUCUGAAGAUGUGAAACAAAUCAAUCACCAUAGGAGCAUAAACCAUUCCUGAUCUAUCCGGCUCUAGGACUUUGGCGUUAGUAGAUGAUCCUUAGGAUUAUGAGAAAUGCCAACGGCGGAAGCAGGUUGCCAGAAACCAUAUGCUCUGCUUUAAGUCAAGGUAACUUUUGUCUGCUUAUGAUUCCAACUUUGUUCUUUUGCUUGUUGAUCUGUUUUAGUUUUAGUCUACCAACUUUUCUGCUUAGCUCCUCAAUCUGGAUUUAGGUUGAACAAUUAUCAAAUGCAUGUUGUCUUUGAGUUUCUCUUAUUUCUAUGUGUUCUUUGUGAUGCUAGAAUUGGUUCUAUAAGAUAUGUUGUUUUCCUUCUUUUCUUUUAACCCCUUUCAUAUCCUUGGUGCUUUCUUAUUGGCAAACGUACGUUGUGGACCAAAAAAAAGUUUUGGGUAAGUUUGUCAAAUUGCAGUCCAUCUAGGAAAUUGUAAAAUCGAAAAGUGUAUUGCAGACUACUGUGUUAGAAACUUAGAAGCUAAAAUAUAGGCCUUUGAAUAAGGGAUGAGCACUAAUUUAUUCAUAAGUUUUAUUAUACACACGCAGUUAUUAUGGGCCUCGAACCCUGGGUCGAUUUGUGCUACAUAGGUGGUGUGGUGGAUAGGUUGCUUAGGCUUGAUUUGGAAGUCUUACUGUGAAACUCCAGGGUUAUUAGGACCAUAUUUUUGAAUUGGCAAAUUUCAUUAAAAAUAACCAACAUAACCAGCCUCAGAUGUUGCAAAAUACAAUCAUAACAAGAGCUGCAUUUAGGAUUUUUAUCUCUCAAUAUCUCAUCACAAGAGCUGAUAGUAGCCUUACCAGUAUUUUCUUUGGUUACCAGUAUUUUUAUCUUCCCUCUCGAUCACUGGUGCAGCCUUGAUCAUUUCAGCAACAUCUGGAAAGACCACUUUGUUGCCAUUCCUUCACCUACGAAUUUCUACCCCAUAUACUCAGGUCAACCCCUUGUAAACACUCAGCCAGCCUACAUUCCCCUACCCACCAAUCAAUAAACAGUGAUGUUUGCCUGCCAUCUCCAAAUUUCAUCCAAAUAUACCUCCCAACUUCAU